CCACUCAAAGCACAAAGCCUAAAACAAAAGAAACUUUUGUUGAGUUGAUUAGACCCACACAACGGGCUCUUGAAAAAGUUUGUUCAUACACAGAGAAUAAUCGCCCAUCUCCUUUUUUCAAUCAUUUAUCUACUGUCAGUGAAGGCAUUGCCGCGUUAUGUUGGGUUUCCGCUGAUCAAAAACCUGCUGGUUUUGUUGGUGAUAUGAAAGAUAGUUCUCAAUAUUACGCGAAUCGAGUGAUUAAGGAAUUUAAAGAAAAGGAAAGUUCUCAUGUUGAUUGGGCAAAUAGUUUCAUACUUCUUCUUACAGAACUUCAAUCUUAUGUUAAAAAAUAUCAUGCCGAUGGCCUCGUUUGGAAUCCGAAGGGUGCAGACCCUGAAACAUUUAUUGUUAUUGUGGAUUAUGAUAAUAUUUCCGAAAAAGGGCCAGUUGAUAUGAGUGCAGUAUUUGCUGAACUUAAUCGUGGAGAAAGCAUUACGUCAAAUUUGAAGAAAGUUGACAGUAGUCAAAUGACACACAAAAAUCCAAAUUUGAGAGAUAGUAGUGUGGUGUCUGAAGUUGGUGUCAAAGUUCAUAAAAAGGGACCUGCAGCUCCUCCAAAACCCGCGUCAUUAUCUCUUAAAAAGCCACCUAAAAAAAUUCUUGAGGGUAACAAAUGGAUUAUAGAAAAUUUUGAAAAUGAUCCCAACAUAUUGAUUGGUGAUGCAGCUAUUAAUCAUCUUGUAUAUAUUUAUGGUUGCAAAAACUCUACAAUACAAAUCAUGGACAAGACAGAUAGUGGUCAAUUAUUUUUAUCUAAUGAGUGUUUUGAUAUUGAAAUAGUGACAUCUAAAAGUUCUUCAAUUAAUGUUAAUUUGCCAGGAAUAGGAGAAAAUGGAGAUUAUGCAGAAAAGCCCAUUCCAGAACAGUUGAAGAGCACUAUUAUGGAUGGAAAACUUAUAUCUGUUCCUUUGGAACAUUCAGGAUAA